AUGGGAGAUUCUCUUUCUGAAAAAUUAUCGAUAAAAUAUCUCAGCGAGCCCUUGAUUUGUAAGAUCACAAAAAACUUACUGGAGGCCCUAGCCUAUUCUCAUAGUAGAGACGUCGUUCAUAAAAAUAUAAACCCAGAUAACAUACUGUUUGAUUCCAAAUCAACAAAUGCCAUUGUCAAGCUAAAUAAUUUUGGGCUGGACUCUGAAAUGGAAAAGCAGAGAAGUAAUAUUGGUACUGUAAACUAUAUUUAGCUUCAAUAUUUGGCACCAGAAGUCUUCAAAGAAUCUUAUGAUGAUCCAGCAAGUGACAUGUGGAGUGUUGGAGUGCUUGUAUAUUUAAUGAUAAUUGGAAAACUCCCUUUUAUAUCCCGUAAUGAAGAAGAAUUGUCUAAAAAGAUUGCUAUCGGGCUGUUAAUGCCAGAAGACAUAAUCCAACUUUAUACUUUAGAAGUCAAAGAUUUUAUAAAAAAAUUGCUUGUUUUUGACUCGACGAAAAGAAUGACCGCAAUCGAAGCUCUUGGCCAUCAGUGAUUUUCCAAAUUUAAAGAAGGAGAUGAGCCAAUUCUUCUAAAUGAGCAGGAAAUCAAAUUCAUAAGAGAUUUUUAUGUAAUCAUUAUAUAGAGACGACCUAAAUUAGAAAAAGCGAUUUUUUCGUUUGUGACCUCUCAAGCUUCGUCCAUUGAUGAAGAAAAAGAAUACAUGAAAUUAUUUAAAUUUUUUGAUACAGAUAAAAAUGGGUCAAUAAGCAAGCAAGAGCUUAUCGAUGGGAUUAAAAAAAUUGGAUUUAGCAACAAUAAAAAAAUAGAGAAAAUUUUGAAUAGCAUUAAAAUUGAUGAAGAUUGUUUAAUUGACUUUUCUGAGUUUCUCGCAUCUAUUUCAGAUUGAAAAUCUGAAAGGAAUAUUAAAAAGAUCGAAAACGUAUUUUUACUAUGUGAAGAAAAUGGAAAAGGAUAUUUAAGUAUAAAAAAUAUUAAAGUCAGAAUUCCUGGAAUUCCUGAUGCAGAGUGGGAUAGGUUUUUUGAAAAGUUUGAUGAAAAUAAAGACAAUAUUAUAAGCAUUGAUGAAUUUAAGCAAUGCUUUUUGAAUAGGUAG